AUGCAGCUGGUGGCCAGCCUGGUGUCCGUUCUGCUGCUGGUGUGGAGCGUGAAAGCCACCGCGCUGCCCGGGGAAGAGAGGCUCGCAAUACAGAGCACAAGGGAGCAGAACACAGUCCGGAAAGAUGCCAUCCUGAAGAUGCUGGCAGGCCUGCUGGACAGCGUGGACACAGGGCGUGAGGUGACCUCCCCAGACAUGGAAGAGGAGAACAAGCUGGAGGAGGAGCGGGCAGUGCUGGGGCGGCUCGCUCAGCUCUCGCAGCGGGACCGCAAGGCUCCCUGCAAAAAUUUCUUCUGGAAAACCUUUACCUCCUGCUAG